GCAAUCCAAUUUGGAAUCCGGGGGGCGCGAGCUCGCUUUUAGCUAAAUCCGAGGACGCGGGGAGCCCCCAAAUAGAGCAGGGGUCUCGCAUGUCCAUCAUUUAACUAUUUAUCUGUACAACGUCCCACAAAGAUUCCAUCUGUGUCCCGUUACAAUGGCGGCUGUAACAGAGCCAAGCGCUACGCUUGGCAAUACAAUAUCACCAGCCGCUUUCCACAGCGCAUCGCAGACGACCCUCGAAACAAGCGAACUCCAACUGAAGGCAUUCAAUGCAGAGAAAAAGCAAGAUGAGGAGACGCGAUCAUCAGACGAGGUAGUCGUUCCCGUCAACGACAAUGACGCGCCCAACAGCACCCUCCCCACAGCCAACCACCAAUCCGCCAUCCCGAACGGCGGCGCGGCCGCCUGGCUCCAAGUUGUAGGGGCUUUCAUGGUCUUCUUCAAUUCGUGGGGGAUCCUCAACACAUUCGGCGCGUUCCAGACGUACUACGAAUCGGGCCAGCUGUUCGAGGAAUCCUCGUCCAACAUUGCCUGGAUUGGUGCCAUCCAGGCGUACAGCGUGUUGUUUGCCGGAUUAAUCACGGGGCCGAUAUACGAUCGGGGCUAUCUCCGGAGUCUGCUCGUUGUCGGCGGGUUCGGCAUCGUGUUUGGGCAUAUGAUGUUGAGUCUGAGCCAUACGUUUUGGCAGGCGCUUUUGGCGCAGGGCUUUUGCAUCGGCCUAGGAGCAGGCAUCAUGUUCACCCCCACCCUAGCCGUUCUCCCCACCUAUUUCAACACCCGCGUAGGCCUCGCCAUCGGCCUUGCCGCCAGCGGCUCCUCCUUCGGUGGUAUCGUCUACCCCGUCGCCUUUUACAAUCUCAUCGACACCAUCGGCUUCCCCUGGGCCGUCCGCGUUCUGGGCUUCAUCGCCUUCGCCACCAUGCUCGUCCCCAUCUUCUUCAUGAAGCAGCGUGUGCGCCCGGCUCACGCCAGGGCCCUCUUGGACCUUUCGGCGUUCACGGAUUGGCCGUUUGUCACAUUUGUGCUUUCCACUUUGGUCGGGUAUACGGGGUUGUACGUCAUUCUGUUUUACCUUUCUUAUUUUGGGCAAAGUUCCAAGAUUACGGAUGCAUCCUUGUCAUUUUACAUCGUGGCCAUUCUGAACGCGACGAGUAUGUUUGGUCGGACACUGCCUGCUGCGCUGUCAGACAAGACGGGGUCGUUGAACCUGAUCAUCCCCGGCGCUUUUUUCUGUGCAUUACUGAACUUCGUCAUGUUGGCCGUGGAUAGCGUCGCGGGGAUUGUGGUGGUGGCGUUGUGUUUUGGAUUCUUCUCCGGCGUCUUUGUUUCGCUGCCCCCGGUCUUGUCCGUUGCUUUCUCCCAGGACAAGAGCAAGAUUGGGACAAGAAUGGGCAUGGGCUUUGCCGUAUUGGGGUUUGGCGUUUUGAUUGGGGGACCGGGAGGCGGGGCCAUCUUAGGUAGUGGAGGCGUAGGAGGAGAGGAAAAUUGGAGGGGCCUUUGGAUAUUUGGUGGUGUGACGUCUAUGAUUUCUGUCGUGGUGUAUAUCACGCUGCGGAUUUGGAAGGUCGGGUUCAAGAUUAAUGCCAAAGUGUGAUGCAUUGGGAGCAGGUGGGGGAAUAGCAUAGCAUCUGGACUGUUCAUCUAAAAAGUAAUAGAAGU